AUUUCUUGAGUGUCUUAGCACUGUGGUUGAGAGAAAUAUUUUAUUUUUGGAAGGUAACAGAUAGUAGUGAAGAGGAAGACAACCUUAUAGGCCCAAUGCCUGCAAAAGGACCAAUGGAGUCUGAUGUAACUAAGGAUUUUGAACGCAGAGCUCAGAGAAUGAAAGAAAAACUUACUUCAGCAGACAAUGAUGAACCCAAGAAAGUUACGAGAGAAUCAUGGAUGACAGAGCUUCCUCCAGAACUGAAAAGCUUUGGGUUUGGCCCAAGAACAUUCAAGAGAAGAGCUGAUGAAAAAUCCGGCGACAGAUCCAUUUGGACAGAUACUCCAGCCGACAGAGAGAGAAAAGCCAAAGUGAGUGUUUACUCAAUCCUGUAUUACAUGCAGGCGGUUUAUGUGUUG